AUGUCGGACGCGACAACAUCAUCAGCAGCGCCUGCUCAGGAGCACCAGGCCGACGCGGCCACGGCGCACAAUGGAUCGGGCGAGCAUGUCGACGAGACCGCGCAGCGCAGCGAGCCCAGCUCGGCGGCGGUAGCGGCAGCAGCGGCGGCUGCGCUCGAUCCAAACGCCGACCCGGCGGAGCGUGACCAUAUCGAGCGCGACGUGUCCAACAUCCUGGCGGGCCUGAAUCAGGAGCAGCUGGCGUCGAUCGUGGCGGCGGCACGCGCGUCCGAGGCGCGCAACGGCGACGCGGCGGACGGUGCCGCCUUUGGCGACGGCAUCGCGUCUGGUCUCGGUCAGGCAGCGAGCGCGCUCACCAGCAUCGCGUCCGGCCUGAAACGCAGUGCGGCCAACGACAAGGCAGACGCCAAAGACCUCGGCGACGCACCGCCGCCGCCCGGCGUCGAGUACCCCGACCAGCUUGACGGCAAGGAGCUCGAUGCCGACACGUCGGCGGCAAUCGCAGCGGUCAAGUCUGCCACCGACUCGGCUACGGCUGCAGCCAUCGCGAGCUUAGGCUCGCUCGCCGCAGCCUCGCACCUUCAGCAACCACAAGCUGGCCAAGCACAGCCGCAUACAGGCGCGGGCGAGGCGGACGAGUCGAUGGACUACGACUCUGCCGGAGGCUCAGCCUCACCCGCUCGCGGCCUCAAGCGACCGCGUGGACCCGAGCUGGAUCGCCAGCGCAAAGACAACCACAAGGAGGUCGAGCGUCGUCGCCGCAGCGCGAUCAACGACGGCAUCAUGCAGCUCUCGAUGAUCGUGCCUGGAUGCGAGGAGAAGAACACCAACAAGGGCGCCAUCAUCCACGCCGCCGCGCGCUACAUCCAGGACCUCAAACACAACGAGGCCAGCAACAUCGAAAAGUGGACGCUCGAAAAGCUGCUCAUGGAUCAAGCCAUGGGCGACCUCACCGCGCAGCUCGACGACGCACGCGCCCAGAUCGACCGCCUCAGAGCAGAACUCGACAACCGAUACUCGCAUCAAAUCCCACCAGACCACCACAAGUCGUGA